AUGAGCAAGCAAGCUGACAGUUUUGAGGUGUCCGAGAAGAUGGCCGAAUUGACGGCCGCAACAGAAGUUAGAGGCGAGGACAAGCGGACCCCGAUUUUCCCAAUUGCUUUGGGUGCCCCUAGAGUGAGUGCGAGAGUGAUUCCGGAGCUAACUUGUGGACAGAGGGUUCGUGUAGAGGCCCUGCUGCAUGAGGCGACAGGUGCGGAUUAUUUAGAUAAAGAGGUGACCGUGUGUGGCUGGGCGAAGACCUGCCGCAAACAAGGGGGUGGUCGAAGUUUCAUCGAGCUGAACGACGGUUCUUGCGUCCGAAACUUGCAGGUGGUCGUGGACAGAGGUUGCCUGUCUGAGGAGGUUGGUGCGCAGGUCGCGAAGGCCGGUGUGGCGUACUCCUUCAGGAUCCGGGGCAGGCUUGUGCGUUCCCCGAAGGACGAGCAGACGUAUGAGAUGCAGGUGUGUGAUUCCGAGAAACACAGUGUACGAGUCUUGGGUGGUGCCGACCAGGCCAAAUAUCCGUUGGCGAAGAAGAACCACAGCAAGGAGUAUCUACGUGAGAUUCAGCACUUGAGGCCGCGUUCGUACAUGAUGGGUUGUGUGAUGCGCGUGAGGUCUGCGCUGGCCAUGGCCAUCCACGAGUUCUUCCAGAGCCGCGGCUACGUGUACGUGCACACACCCAUCAUCACAGGAGCCGACUGUGAGGGCGCAGGCGAGAUGUUCCAGGUUACAACCAUGAUGCCGGAAAGCGGCUUGAUUAAGGACAUCCCGGCGACCAAGGAUGGAAAGAUCGACUACAAGAAGGACUUCUUCGGCAAGCUCGCCAACCUUACGGUUUCCGGCCAACUGAACCUGGAGAACUUCGCCUGCUCCUUGGGCGACACCUACACCUUCGGGCCCACCUUCAGAGCGGAGAACUCUCACACGAGCCGACACCUGGCGGAGUUCUGGAUGAUUGAACCCGAAAUGGCGUUCGCUGAGCUCGAGGAUAUUAUGGAGUGCUCGGAGGCUUUCCUUCGCUUCUGUGUCCAGUACAUUCUGGACCGACAUGCCGGCGAUAUUGCUUGGCUUGAAAAGAACGUGGAGGAGGGACUUUCCGCUCGGCUCAAGAACGUGGCGGAAAGCCACUUCGCCAGGUGCUCGUAUACUGAGGCUAUCGAGCUGCUCAAGCAGCAGCCUGAAGGCAAGUUCGGUGACGAUCGCAUUUUCUGGGGCAUGGACAUGGGAAGCGUCCAUGAGCGCUUCUUGUCUGAGGAGCACUUCAAGAAGCCCGUCAUCGUCUACAACUACCCGUACGAGCUCAAGGCCUUCUACAUGAAGGUCAACACCGACGUGGGGGUCGCGCCAGGGGCUACUGUCAGAGCUAUGGACGUUCUCGUACCGGCCAUUGGCGAAGUCAUUGGAGGCUCCCAAAGAGAGGAGAACCUCGAGCUGCUCGACAAGCAAAUCGCCGACAAGGGACUGCCCCAAGACAACUACUGGUGGUACCGCGAGCUGCGUUCGUAUGGCACUGUGCCUCACGCAGGCUUCGGCCUGGGUUUUGAACGUCUCGUCAUGAUGGUCACGGGCGUCGAAAACAUCCGUGAUGUUAUCCCAUUCCCGCGCUACCCAGGCAACUGCGAAUUUUAA